UUUUUUUGGGUGCUAAAACCCUCAUUCAGUCAUUCUCCCUAUUUUCAUUCCCGCUGUCUCUCUUCUCUCUCUCUCUCUUACAUCUUUCAGAUUUUCACACACACAGAGAGCUGAUUUCCAUAUUUAAUCUAAUUUUUGUUGUUCUGCUGUUCUGCUAAGUUAAGACAAUUUUGGAGGAGUCAUGAAGAAGAAACCCUAGCUAUUGGAACAAAACCCUAACCCGGGGAAACCGCGUUUAAGUUCGCAGAGGAGGGUUGGAUUCGGAGGGUGUGCUGUUGUGCUUCUUUUUAAGUUGUUGUGGAAGAGGCUGGGAAUGGAGGGGAUUCCGCAUCCGAUACCGAGAACUGUAGAGGAAGUGUUCAACGAUUUCAAAGGCCGUAGAGCUGGCCUAAUUAAAGCUCUCACCAGCGAUGUCCAGAAGUUCUACCAGCAGUGUGACCCCGAGAAAGAGAACCUCUGUCUAUAUGGGCUUCCAAAUGAGACAUGGGAAGUGAACCUGCCUGUUGAGGAAGUGCCGCCCGAGCUGCCUGAGCCGGCACUGGGAAUCAACUUUGCCAGAGAUGGGAUGCCAGAAAAGGAUUGGUUAUCUCUUGUUGCAGUUCACAGUGACUCUUGGCUGCUCUCUGUUGCAUUCUACUUUGGUGCGCGGUUUGGAUUUGGUAAGACUGAAAGGAAGAGGCUUUUUCAGAUGAUUAAUGAACUGCCAACUGUAUUCGAAGUUGUGACAGGAGCUGUUAAGCAGGCGAAGGAGCAAGCUGCAACUCAAACUAACAGCAGCAAGAACAAAUCUAGUGGCAGAGUGCCAUCUCGACAGCCCGAGUUGAUGCCUAAAGGUGCAAAGAUGUCUGCACCAAAGGAUGAGGAUGAGAGUGGAGAGGAAGAAGAAGACGACGAUGAGCAGGGUGCUACAUUAUGCGGAGCCUGUGGAGAUAAUUAUGCCAACGAUGAGUUUUGGAUUUGCUGUGACAUCUGCGAAAGAUGGUUCCAUGGCAAGUGUGUGAAGAUAACGCCUGCAAAAGCUGAACAUAUCAAGCAGUACAAAUGCCCUAGUUGCAGUAGCAAGAGGGCCAGAGUCUAAUCUACCAUUACGGAAAUUGAGGAUCAGGGAAAAUCAUUAAAGUUUAGAAGUUUUAGUCUUAACAUGUCAAAAGUUGCAAUGGUUUGGGUUACUUCCCUAUGUUCAGUUUACAAGUUAGAAUGUCUGCUGAUGGGAUCCCAAUCUUUUAGACUGUAUUUAUAUUCCUGUUUCUUGAAUAUGCUUCUGAAUUGUACUUUAGGGAUCUUUGUGAAAAAUAUUUUGCAUCUGUGUUAGAGUGGGAUUUUGGAAAGACAUUUUCCUGUU